AUGUCCUCCAAGCACAGGGCUAUACCACCGAAUGUAUCGAUCGUUCCUGGUCCGAGUAAUGUUUGGGGCUCUUCCACCGCGUCGAACGGCGGCGACCAGCUGCACAUCCUCCUCCUCGAGCCGCCUCUUGCGCUUACGGACGACGUGCGGGAUGACAGAGGGAACCUCUUCAGAACCCUCGUCCAGAACCCACCCGAGCCCGAGCUGUACACGAAGUUGUACCCCCAGUGGACACGUCGCGAUGCGGUGCUGCAGGUGCUCGCGAACGAGCUGUGCGAUCCCAAGGUGGUUGAUAUUGUGUUUGAGGAGCGGCAUAUGAACCAUCUCGAGUAUCUCGAGAACCUCCCGAGCCACGUGAGACUCAGUAUACUGCCGGGGGAUCCGGACGCUGGUGGGGAGUGCCGGAUGAGCGAUCUAGAACGCUUUCCCGAUAUCGAGGCGAGGAUCAUCAAGGGUUCUUCGCACUGGAUACCGUACGAAGUGCCCUGA